UACUGGGGAAACAAAAUGGACGGAGUGUAGUGGCUAUGAUAAUUUGAUAAAACUUGUGCGAUAAUUUACAGAUCGAUCAUAUUGAAUCUCAGUUAUAAUUAUUUAUCUAUUACUUAUUAUAAAAGUGUUGUUUUGACAUUAUUGAAGACUUUUAUUUUUACAUACCUAUAGAAAUUGGUUGCUUCGGUUUUCGGAACAUGGUAUCCAUUUUGUGAUCAAUCGUGUUGUGUGGCGCUCAUUAAUAAAAUGGGUGCUGUUAAAUGUUUAUGGAUAUAUCAACAUAAAUCAAUAUUAUUAAUUCACUCUUAGGAGAGUGAUGGACUCAUAUAAUUUGUUUGGUGAUGAUGGAAGCGGUAUGUUGGAAGGACUUACUGAUCUUGGUGGAUCAGACAGCUUCAGUAAUACUACCAGUGGGGUAGCAAGUGAGAAUAAAGAUUCUUCAGAUAAUAGUUACAGGCAAUCAUAUAAUUCAAACACUGUAGCCCAAGAAGGGUCAAUACAAAAACUGGCUUCGUUUGGGGGUGGAGGUGCUGGUGGAUUACCCAACAGUUCACAACCAGUGCCAAAUCCUGGGCCAGGGCCACCCUCCCAAGAUUAUCAUGAAUAUAGUGGUUACUCACCAAGGCCACGAUUACCUCAACCUCCUCAUGGCCCCAUUCAUCCAUCCCACCAUGUACACCCAUCCCAUGCCUAUCCUGGCUACCACCCUGGACCAGAUCCAAUGUAUUCAAUGUCAGAACAAGGCAUUGGAGAUAUGGGCGUCUGGUCCAGUGCACCGGGAGCUAAUAGAUAUUCACCAAUAGCACCAGGAUAUAGACAUAGCUAUGAACAUCAACAAAAAAUGCAUCAGUAUCCUCCACAACAGGGUGGUGGGAUAGGGGGACUGCAGCCUCAAAAUAGUGCAUAUCUACCAAGGCAACCUCAUUUUCCCCAGCCUACAUCACAACAAAUCUAUGGCCAGCAACAAAAUUAUCCCAAUUAUACACAAAUGCAUCCCCCAACAGCAACAAGGAUUGGACAACAUCCCACGUAUCAUCCACAGAUGGAUGUAAAUUCACAUCAAUAUGGAUUGCCACAUAGUCAACAAAGUCAUGGUGCAAUGCCACAACAUCAAACCCAUCAAAAUAUGCCUAGUCAUUCUGGGGGAAUUCAAACCCAUCCUAACUCACAUUUGCAUCAUGCAGCUGCACCUCUGCACCAUGUACCUCGCCAACCAUUGGUACCACCUGCUCCUGUUGGACCAGGUCACCCUUCACAAAUGCCCUAUGCUUCCCCACAUCAUUCUGUACCAAUGAAUUAUCAGCCUCACCAGGUGCAACAUCCCCUUGAUGUUAAUGUCUCUAAUCAAUACAGUUCUGUCAAAUCUUCUAUGGAGACAGGAAGUCCACAAUAUCGACCACCAUUUCCACAAUUGUCGCCACAAAUGUCACCGCGAGCCCAAAUAUCGCCUAGACAACAACCACAAUCUCAACUUUCUCCUCGCCCAGUGAUGUCACCUGUGAAGGGACCAAGUGCCUCUCCUCACAGUUCACGUGCAAUGGUACAGUCUCCUGCUACAUCCGUUCCCCCACCUGUUUCAGGAACAUACUCAUCCCAAAAUACACUUCAAGCCCUAGAGCAAAUGGUUCUUCCACCCAGUGGGGACUAUCCAUUUCAACGUAAUCAGUCCUCCCCUGCAAUUGGACAUAAUAUCGUGUCUGCACCUUCACAAUGGAAUCAAAACAAAAUGCCAACACCUUUAAGUAAUAUGGUGCCGAUGGAAACACCUGACCCUGCAGUUGUUAAACCUGUCGAGUCCAUUAUUCCUCCAGAAGUUAAUAAGAAUAUUCCAUACCAAAAAUCUAAUAUAGAGACAAAAAAAGAGACUAAUAUUGAAACUGAGAAAAAGUCAGAGGAUGUUAAUAAACAAAUGUUUUUGUCGCCAAAUGUAAUGAGCAAUAUUCAACACAAUCUUGCAAUGGCUUCUAGUAACUCCCCAGCAGCCCCUAACAUUAAAUCUCCCAUUACAACUGACAAUGAAGAAAGCAAAGAAAAAUUAUUACAUAAGACGCAAACAAAUGAAGAAACUAUACAGCCUGUCGUUGUUAGAGAAGAGACCAAAACUGAAACACCUAGUAAUACAAAUACUGAUGAUAAUUCCCAAAAAGUGGAUGUUAAUCAAUUAGGUGGUGAGACUAAUAAUGAGGAUAGGCAAAAACCUGAAGAAUCCAAAUCUAUGUCUGUAAACUUAGAAGUGAGCAGUGACCAACCAAAUCCAAUACAACCAUCUCCAGUUCCACCUAUACAACAAAUUCCUGUCAAUAUACCAAGCAAAUAUGAUAAUUUAUCACCCUUAAAUAUAGACAGAAAUCAACCGUAUCCAAAUAAUAACUAUCCAAAUGUUCAAACAAUGAUACCAUCAGCAAUGCCCAAUAAUUUGGGUAUGAGUGUUCCAAGCAGUGUACAAGUUAACACACCUUUGAGUGUCUCUUCCUCAUAUCAAAGUGCACUUCCAGCUGUAACACAAUCAGUAACUAGUGUACAGUCUUCACAUUCAGUGCAGCAUAAUCUCUCAAAUACAGUCACUUCAAGUGUGCCAAUUCACAGUGUACCACCAACAAAUUUAAACUGCGUACAGUCUAAUAGCCCUAAUAUGAUCGGCAAUAUUCAGCCAAAUAUUCAUAAUUCAACAGGUAAUAUUGCAAAUACUCAAUCAACAGCAACACCAAAUAUACCAGGAUUACCCAUUAGUGGGCAAAAUGUACACCCAAAUAUGCCACCCCAUAUACCUUCAAACCAAUCUAAUAUGCUGCCAACUCCACCACAUAAUAUAAGUCCUAAUGUAAUAAUGAUGGGAUCCAAUAAUAUGCCGCAUCCUAAUUUACCUCCUUUGUAUGCAACAUCUCAUCACCAAGAAAGAGCGUCGUUACAACAGCAAAUUCAAGAAAUAUAUUGUUUACUCCCUUCAAAUGAAAACCAAGAGAAGGUCAGAUGUUUACAAGAAAGGUUAUCCAUGUUGCAACAACAUGAAACAAACGAUAAGUGCAGUGGUGGUCCAAAUUGUAUUUUGCAAAAUCCUAUUUAUGGAUCAAAAAUGGUAGAAAGCCCUCAAGUAACUAGUACUACAGGCCGAGGCAGAGGAAAAGGCCCUGCCAAGCCCCGCAAACCACGCGUCAAAAAGGAUAAAUUGGUCUCUAUGACCCAAUCUUUAGAUCAGUUACCUGUUUCAGAAGAUUGUGUAACAGCUGGAACAGGCUUACAGGGCAACAUAGAAAUUGAUACAGAAAUGGUAGAAGAUACGUCUAAUUUAGAUAGCAGUGCACUAUCCAUGGAUGAAUCUGGAAAAAUUAAGAAAAUUCGGGGUCCUAGAAAGAGCAAAGAAAGAAAACCACGAACACCAAAAGAACCCAAAGUUGCGAAGGAAAUGGGUGAUAAGCCUAUUAAAGAACGUAAGAAACGUGUACCUAAAGAUCCCAAUGCACCUAAAAGAAAAAGAGCUGUAAGAAAAGGAAUGUCGGAAAUUCAGGCCGACACAACAACAAGUAAUGAUAUGUUAGAAAAAGAUACUAUUGACACUAGUAUGAGCGAUACAACUUUAAAUAAAAGUAUGAUGUUAAAUGAAACAUUAAAAUCUUCAGAUUUACCUUCCCUUGAUGACACAAAUGUUACUGAUUUCGACGAUAUACCUGUGUCGAAAAUAGCUAUAAAGGAUUUAUUGGAAGAAGCUGAAUCGAAAAAAGAGGCUGACAGGGAUGAUGAUCUUGACUUAAUGACAGGGAAGAAAAAAGCAUCGAAAAAACGAGCUUCUGUAGGCAGUAGUGGUAAAAAGAUUUUAACUAAGCGUACGCCGGCUGGUAAAAGAAAACGAAGAGGUGGCCUCAUACCAGAUUCCGACGGAGAGCCUGAUGACUUAAUGUCGACACCUCCGCCAUCACCACCUCCAGAAGGAGACGAUAGCUUAAAACGACGCUCUGCAAGAAAUACACAACGAAAAAAAUAUACAGACGAUGUGAUGUUACGGUUGUCUGAUGAUGAAUUUGCCGUUGUAGCACCUCGACAAGAACGAGAUUUGGAUGAUUCAAACAUCGAUAUAAAAGAAUUUAACCGGCCUGAAGGGACUCCAAAACCUAACUAUAUGUAUGUGAAUACUACUGAGGAAGAUUCUAUGAUAGUUCAACAUGUUUUGGCAUGUCGAAUGGGCAAACGUGAAAUUAAACAUCCAAGUCCCAUAAUUGAACAGCCUCCUAAGGCCGACACUGAAAAUGCUCCUAUAGAUACUGAAUCUGUAACCGAUGUUAAAACCAGUACUGAUGAAAACAAUGCCAAUAAAAUAGAAAAUGAAAUGAAAACUGAAAACGCAGAUGAUAACCAAGUUAUGAAAGAAGAAGAAAAGAUGGAAAAUCCAGAGCCAGAAUUAGAAGUUAAAGCAGAUAAAAUUAACAGCGUCACCGAAGACGAUAAAGACAAAAAACCUAUCAUUGUUGAUAUCGAAGAAUAUUACGUCAAAUAUAGAAACUUUUCAUAUUUGCAUUGUGAAUGGAAAACUGAGGAAGAGCUUUAUAAAGGUGAUAAACGAAUAUUUUCGAAGAUAAAACGAUUUAAACAAAAGCAAGCACAACAGAUGAAUAUUUUCGAGCUCUUAGACGAUGAACCAUUUAAUCCUGACUAUAUAGAAGUAGAGAGAAUUUUAGAUAUGUCAGAAAAUGAAGAUCCUGCUAACAAUACAGUGGUUAAACAUUAUCUGGUUAAAUGGAAAAGUUUACAAUAUGAGGAUAGUACAUGGGAAUUAGAAGAAGAUAUAGAUGUUGAUAAAAUAAAACAAUAUAAGGUAUUCAGUGAAGUACCACCUAAAGAGAAAUGGAAAUUUAAAAAACGACCUUCACCUGAUCAUUGGUCACAAUUGAAAGAGUCCCCUCUGUAUAAAGGUGGAAACACAUUGAGACCUUAUCAAUUGGAAGGAUUAAAUUGGCUCUUGUUUUCUUGGCAUAAUAAUCGAAAUUGUAUUCUAGCGGAUGAAAUGGGCUUAGGUAAAACUAUACAAAGUCUUACUUUUGUGAACUCUGUCUGGGAAUAUGGCAUUCGCGGACCAUUUCUUAUUAUAGCCCCCCUGUCAACUAUUCCAAAUUGGCAAAGAGAAUUUGAAGGUUGGACUGACAUGAAUGUUAUUGUGUACCAUGGUUCACAACAAAGCAAGAGUAUGAUACAGGAAUAUGAAUUUUUUUACAAAAACGAAAAUGGCGAGCCUAUUAAAGAAAUAACGAAAUUCAAUGUACUUAUUACUACAUUUGAAAUCAUUGUCACAGAUUUCCAGGAACUAAGAUCAUUUAAUUGGAGAAUAUGUGUCAUAGAUGAAGCACAUCGGUUAAAAAAUCGAAAUUGUAAAUUAUUAGAAGGUUUAAGGCAACUGCACUUAGAACACAGAGUUCUCUUAUCAGGAACACCACUACAAAAUAAUGUAAAUGAACUAUUUUCACUUCUGAAUUUCUUGGAACCAUCGCAAUUUGCCAGUAGUGAGGCAUUUUUAACAGAAUUUGGUCAACUUAAAACUGAGUCGGAAGUGGUAAAACUACAAGCCCUGUUAAAACCUAUGAUGUUGAGAAGAUUAAAAGAAGAUGUAGAAAAAACUUUGGCGCCCAAGGAAGAAACUAUUAUUGAAGUUGAGUUAACUAAUAUCCAAAAGAAAUAUUAUCGAGCUAUACUUGAACGUAACUUCAGUUUCUUGCAAAAGGGUAUAGCAUCGGCAGCCAAUAUUCCAAAUUUAAUGAAUACAAUGAUGGAACUACGAAAAUGUUGCAUUCAUCCGUAUCUCCUUAAUGGUGCUGAAGAUCAAAUCCAAUUUGAUUAUAAACAAGCAAAUGGGGAAGAUAAAGAGGCUUACUAUAAAGCGCUCAUUGAUUCGUCUGGUAAAAUGGUGUUAGUAGACAAACUUUUACCCAAACUAAAGGCUGGAGGACAUAGAGUUUUAAUUUUCAGUCAAAUGGUGAGGUGUUUGGAUAUUUUAGAAGAUUAUUUGGUAUUUAGGAAAUAUCCAUAUGAAAGAAUAGAUGGUCGUAUAAGGGGUAACUUAAGACAAGAAGCAAUUGAUAGAUUUUCCAAACCAGAUUCAGAUCGUUUUGUGUUUUUACUAUGUACGAAAGCUGGAGGUCUAGGUAUUAACUUAACUGCGGCUGAUACUGUUAUUAUAUACGAUAGUGAUUGGAAUCCUCAAAAUGAUUUACAAGCUCAAGCUCGUUGUCAUCGUAUCGGUCAGCAGAAAAUGGUUAAAAUAUAUCGUCUUAUUUGCCGCAAUACUUACGAAAGAGAAAUGUUUGAUAAAGCCUCUUUAAAACUUGGUCUUGAUAAAGCUAUUUUACAAAGUAUGAAUGCUGCACAAGGAAAAGAAACUGGAUUAAAACAAUUGUCCAAAAAGGAAAUUGAAGAUUUACUAAAAAAGGGAGCUUAUGGAGCUGUAAUGGAUGAAGAUAAUGCAGGGGACAAGUUUUGUGAAGAAGACAUAGAAAUGAUAUUAGCUCGAAGAACUCAAGUUAUUCAAAUGGAAUCUGAAAAAGGAUCCACUUUCUCAAAGGCAAGCUUUGCAGCUACUGAUCAAAGAUCAGAUAUUGAUAUAAGAGAUCCAGAUUUCUGGAAUAAAUGGGCUAAAAAAGCUGAAAUAGAUACUACAGAGAAAAAAGAAGAUGAAGAUCUGAUUGUAACUGAACCCAGGAAAAGGACUAUUAUAAAACGGUAUGGGCAUGAUGAUGGCCCUAUGGAGAUGUCUGAUAUGGAAGUGACACCAGAUUCAGAAGAUGAUGAAGAUGGAAUUAGCCUCAGAAGCAAGAGGAAGAAAGAAAAACUUGGUCGUAAAGGCAGAAGAUAUGCUAGUGAUGAUUAUGUGCCCAGGCAUGAAGGUGUGCCAAUUGAUGAAGAAGUAGUUUAUGGAUCGUGGACGCGAUCAGAGUGUUUCAAAAUUGAAAGGGGUCUUCUCACGUUUGGUUGGGCGAGAUGGGAAGAAAUUGUUGACAGAAAUCAGUUCCGCAAGGGCUGGUCAAUUCCUGUUAUAGAAGACUGUGCAAGAAUUAUAGUAUUAUUCUGUUUGAGACAUUACAAGGGUGAUGAAAAAAUAAGAAACUUCAUAUGGGAUUUAAUAGAACCAUGUGAAAAUGGUGAAGUUACAAUUUCAAGAAAUCAUAGUGGUUUACAUAAUCCUGUCCCUCGUGGCAGGAACGCAAAAAAGAAAAAUCGAUUAAAGGAUAUUCCAAAACCAAAUGAUCUUCAAAAGUGGGAAGAUCCUAAUCAUUGGAGUUCUCAUGAGAAAUAUGACUGUGAUACAUAUUUAGAAAGCAGUUACAAAAAACACUUAUUCAGACAUGCUAAUAAAGUUCUUCUGCGGGUCCGCAUGAUGUACUACAUAAAACAUGAAGUAAUUGGUGAUUAUGCAACACUAAUUGAAAGUGGAACUCAUGCCAGUAAUAUGGGUAUGAGAGUACCUCGAGGCGUGGAUAGUGCACCACCUCGCCUUUGGUGGGAUACAGAAUGUGAUGUUUCACUGUUAGUCGGAACCUAUAAACAUGGCUACGAAAAUUACUUAGCAAUGCGGUCAGACCCACUACUUUGUUUCGUAGAAAAGUUAGGACCACCUGAUGAUGCAGAGUGUACAGAUAUAAAGAGCGAAGAGAGGAAGGUGCGCGGCAGUGUCGUUGGAGACGAGGACUGCACGGACGAGGUGUCGAGCGGUGCGGGCGCCGCCUCGCCCUCCGCCUCGCCGCGACCGGACGACGAUUCCUCGCACCCCUGGCCCUCCAUGCAGGACUUGAACACGAGACUCAGGCGGCUUAUUACCGCAUAUCAACGAAACUAUAAACGAGAGGAACUCAAAAUGCAACAGAGGGCUAAGAUGGAGAGGAGGGAACGUAUGGAUCAAUUAGUAAGAGAUGAAGUGUCCCAAUGGAGAUGGAGCCGAGCCGAUGAAGAGGCGUUCCGGCGUACCGUAGCAUCUUACGGUGUCGAAUUUGAUCCCGCAACGAAAAGUUUACGCUGGAACCGAUUUCGAUCGUUGGCGAGGUUGGAUUCCAAAAGUGAUGACGCUCUUACUGAUUACUUAAAGGCAUUUAUGGCCAUGUGCAAACGCCAAUGUGGACUAUCGGUUGGUGAAGCUGAAUUACCAACUAGAGCUGACUUGAAAGCGGAACCAAUUGGAGAGGAGCGAGCCAUUGCAACAUUAGAGAGAAUUGAUCUUCUCCGUGUUUUACGUGAGGAAGUAGCGCCGCACCCUGCCCUGGAGACACGUUUGGCACUUUGCGAACGAUCGCUCGACACUCCGUCGUGGUGGCAGCCAGCUUUACAUGAUAAAUAUCUUGUGCUAGGAGUGUGCAAACAUGGUUUAGGAGACACAUUCUCAAAAUUGUUUUGUGAUCCCAAAAUGCCAUUUGCGGAAUCUGCACGAAAGUGGUUCUCUAAAUUCAAAUCUUCAUCAAAAAGUGAGACACCGAAGCCAAAUUCAGAUGAUGAGGACAAAAAUAGUAAUGAUAAUGCGGCAGAGACACGCAUGUCAUUACGUCGUAGUAAACGCACUUCACACGUUCACGAUCGUGAUACUGAAGAAGAUACAGAUGCCUUAUCAGAGUUGGAAACACUUGCAAAAUUGGGUAGAAUUGAAGAAUCCUUAUCACCGGAACAUUGGUUCACGGAAAGAGCACUUGAAACUCGUUUGCACCACAUUGCACAUGCAGUUCAAAACUGUGAAUGGCCAACUGCUUCCUCUUCAUCAGUGGCUAAUAAAACUGAGGAUGGAGCAUCAGUGGACGUUUCGGAGGAUCGUAAACAAUCACAAAAAAGGCAUAUCGCUAUCGAUGUAGAAACUGAACGUGCCAAGUUACAUGCGCUAUUGUCAUCGCCACAAGCAGCGCAUACUAAUGCUCGGGACAACCGGACGAGUAGUGCCACUGCAGCAAGCAUGGUGUUGGGAAGUGAACGGGACGACGCAUCAAGUGACUCGAGCUCCCGCCGUUCCACACCGGCUCCUCCGCCCGCCCACCAACGCAUAGCGCCGUCUCCCGCGCCAUCUGUUCCACCAUCUCCUUCUACUGCAGCGCCAGUUGACCUAUCCGCUCCUUUAGAUCUAAGCGAAGCACAAGACUUCUCAAUGGGUCGACGCACGCCACAAACAGACACACCUUCCGCAACGCCGCCUAGAAGUAGAUUAGACGACACACUCAAUAGACUCAUGAAAAGGAAGAAUGUUCCUGCACCGGAGCAAAUAGUUGGUAAAGAGAAGAAAAGGAAGAAGCUUGAUGAAAUUGUUCUCGGUCUGUCUGCUGCUAAAGGUCGAAGCCCAAGUUCUAAUAACACAACAUACGAGCCGCCUCGCACAAAAAGUACAACCAUACUUCCAGAAGUUACAGUGACUCCAGCUGCGCCACCGACGACUUCGAGUACGCCAGUUCAAAAACCUUUCUCUGUCACAGUAACAAAUGUUCCAUCACCGCAUUCAUCUUCUAAGGAACUGUCAUCAUUUCUGCAGCAAUCUUUAGAACAAAGUAACAAAACGCCAAAACCGUCUCAUUCCAUGCAAGCUAAGACGUUUUCACACGAAGCCAAAGUAAAUAAAUGGCUAGCUGAACAGGCAAGUGUAGAUAGUAGACGAAGAGGCGUUGCGCCUCGGCUAUCACCAGAUGAACAUGUACCUGUUGUGCAUAGGGUUACUGGUAAACGACUCGUAGGUCAUAAAGCACCGCAAUUAAAACAUUUGGCACAAUGGAUAGCGGAUAAUCCUAUGUACGAUAUAGACUCCAAAUGGACGGAAGGUAUUAAAGAACAUGUCAAAUUACCUCAGGAUGUCCGAAGUCAACGACAUUCGCCGAUGCAAAGUGCACCUAGUAUGCCGGAGCGCAAAAAGGGAAGACCACCGACACUUGAUGCAUCAUCUGCAAAUGUGUUAUCAAAUUCACAUUUGAACCAAAAUCUUGCUGGUCUAAACCCCGCUCUAUUGGCUAGUUUGUCUAGCCUAAGUGCUUUUGAUCCAAAAACGUUAGCUGCCACACUGUCUAAUCUUACUGGUUUUGAUCCAAAACUACUUUUAAAUUCAUUUAGUGGUAUGCCAAAUUUAUUAGGAAAUAUAUCUGGCGGCAAUAUAUUUGCUAAUUUAGCUGGUCUAGGUUUACCUGGAUUUCCUUCUCUUGACAUGAACACUGUGAGCGGCAGCUCUAGUUCUAGUGAUAGUAAAUCAAAAACACGGAAACCGGAAUCUACCAGUACUUCUUCAUCAAAAUCAUCAAGUUCACAAUUUCCUUUCGUUUUUACCAAUCCUAACAUGUUAUAUCCUCAAUUGGGACUAAAUAGUUUGUCGCCUUUUGGCGUACAUUCCGGUAUGUCGUCACCGUAUGAUACACUAGGCCUCCUUGGAAGCAACUUAACGGCAACUUCGAGUACUUCAUCCCUACAUAAUCCUAAUGUUAGUUCUGGGUCUCGAAGUGCCUCAAAAACAACAACACCUAGAUCAUCAACAGUUGUAACACCAACAUCAACAUCAAGGCAACAAAAAGUGUCUGAUAGACCUCAAUCUUCUAAUUUGCCUCAAAUACUUCUACCACCAGAUCCUUACUUAUUAGAAUCUAUUUCUAAACAACCUCUAAAUUAUGAGAGUACUAUGAAGGUAGAUAAAAGGGCACGAGAUUCCGAAUUACACGAGGCCGCCGCAACCGAUUUGUCUAAAGUCGAUAAGAAGAAAAUGCCUUAUGAUUCCUUGCGUUCUCAAAUGCCUCCAGAAUUUGCAGCUGUUCAAGAAAAAUUAUUAAAAGGCGAUAAAAAGGAUAUAGAUGUUAGUAAAAUGUUAUUAGAACAGAUGGCAUCUGGAGCUCUUAGCGCAAGCCUGGUAAGUUCUGCUGAAGCAAAAAAAUCAAAAGAUAUUGAAAAAGACACUUAUGAAAAACUUUCAAAACAGGAUUAUAUGACUCGUUUAACAUCUGAUGAUACUGGUAAUACGUCGAAUAAACGAACCUUAGAUGAGGUCAGUUCUGAACCAGAGAAUUUAGCUUUACAACCAACACCAAAAAAACAGAAGGAUAAUCAAGACAUAACUCCUAAUAGAGAGAAGCCAUCAGAUGCCUCACACACAGGAGAGAUGGACUUAGAAGACUUGAUAGCACCUUCUACUGUCAUUAAAACUGGAAUUAAAGCUAGUGAUUUUGACAUGAGUCGUCCCACAGAAACGACUUCGUCACAUACAAAUAUUGAUCGCGAAGAAAAACCACAAUCGCUGUUAACAAAUUCAUCUAUUAGUACUAAUCAUGAUGAUGAUAAUAUGCAGAUUGUUGACUGUUCUAAUAACAAAUUAGAUAGUGGACGUAAAGAUGAUAAUACCUCGGAAGAAAAUACUAGCAGUGAGAGUCUGAAUGCGAAUGCUGAACGCAAAGGAAAUCGCAAAAAAGGUAGGAAAUCCACAGAUGAAGCGCUAGCAGGUCCACGACGCGAAUUAAGAUCAAGUUCCACUAGGCAAUCUUUUGACUCAAAUAACUGAACAUUGUUCUAACUUAAAAUAAUAUUAUUUCAUUCAUAAAUAUACAGAGGAAAUAUUCUUUGGAAAUUUCGAUGAUUCAAAAUUGUAAAUUAUUUUAGGAAAGUAACAACCAUUUACGAUGUAUUAAAAAUUAAAGAGUAUGUUGUUGAAUGUUAAGGUUACAAAUUAUAAUUAAAUUGCAUUGAGAUAUUAUUACAACGUAUAGAGAGGACACCACGAACAAAAUCUGUACGACAAGCGCGGCGGCGCGGGGCGGCUAGUGAGUCAUACACUUUGUAGAUAUUCUGCCUCUUAUUACUUAUAAAUUAAAACCAAUCAAUGUAACAAAUAAAUAUUGUUUAUCUUAUAAAAAAAUAUGAAUAAACUUAUCAAUUAAAACCAAUCAAUGUAAUAAAAAAAAUUUUGUUAGUUUUGAGACGAUUGACUCUAACUUGUGUUACAAAAAUUUAGUGUAGUAGCGAUGUCCUCUCUAGUGCGUAGUACAUAGUACUUCCAUGUUAAAUCGUCAUUUAUUUUUGUUAUUUCGAUUGAGUUAUAUGUGGAAUCAUGCUAUGAGUAUUUUUUUAAGUUUAUAUUUUCAGCUGAUUUGAUAAAACUUUACUUGGUUACUAGUUUUUAGAAAUAUUCUGCUUUACUUAGCCUUUUUCAAUAAACACAAUACGUAGGAAAGUUAGCAUUUUGUAUUAAUUAGGAUUAAUUAAUUCUAAAAUAUUAGAUUACAAAAAUAUGUAAGUGACUGGCACAUAGAUUUUUUUUUCUUGGUAGGGGUUACGGAACUCAGAUCUCUUUAUAUUUUAUUACUGAAUGUGAAGAAAUAGUUCACCUAAAAUCUCCUAUAUAUCAUUCGAGGAGUAUAUAGCUUAAAGUACUAUGCUGCCUCUUUUGCUUGAUAUGAUCAGGCUAAAAAUAACUGGGUUCUUUUAUGCAAUUAUUACAAUCAUGUAUUAUGCUACAUUGAUACACAGUUCGACUUAUAUCACAUUUCUAAUAUAAGGAUAUUUUUUUGUAAUUUCAAUAUAUUUUAUGUACAUUAUUAUAAAGACUGCAUUUUUCAUAUUUUAGCGAAAUAUCUGCAAGUAUUUAAUAAGCAAGUAAAUUCGAAAACAGAAUAAUGUUUACAUUGUAUUUCUAUUAUUAUCAUCUUUAUACUUAAUGUAACAUAAGAAAAUCAAGUUGUUACGUUUAAUAAAAGGUAAUCAUAUAAUUCAGAAUUUAAUUGUUUAAUUCUAAUUGUUCGCGAUUUUACUAUAACAUGUUAGAAUUAAAAAAAAAUAGAUGAAAUAAAUGAACAUCUAUACAAUAUAUAAAAUAAUAACUCAAGAUUAUUUCUACGAAUUUCAAUGAUUUUUCUGUUUGUUGUAUUUGUGGAAACAUGGAAAAAGAUAAGAAUGUUAAAAAUAUAAUUUCAAUGUUCGAAAAAUGAAUUCUACCCGGGCGAAGCCGGAAUAAGCCCCUAGAUUUUUUCUCGUUAGAUAAUGAUAAUAAUUAAAUGUAUUCACACAAAUAUUUUAUUAUUUAUUAAUAUCUCAACUAAAAUGUUUUGUUGUUGCUCUCGGCUAUGAACUGGUUGCAUUUUUAUGCAAUGAAUAAUAGAGCUAUUAAGAUUUACAUAGUUUGUAUGAUUAUUAUAUAAUUUUGUUAACCGUAACACUUGGUUUGAUAUAGGCAGAUGGUAAAAUAUUAUAUUUCUUCAUUAGGUUAAAAGUAGAUGGUCUUCAAAAAGUAAUCUUCUCAGUAGAUAUUAUAAAAAUAUAAAAAUCAAUGUUCAUUAUGUUUUACUCCACAUUAACAUGAUCAUUUGAUCAUGAUAUAUUUUUCUUAUUUUAUUUAUGCCAUUCCAAAUCUUAAAAAAAAAGAAAAUCAAACGGCAACUAGAAUAAGGAAAACCUUGUUUUUUUUACUUUUGACUUUUAAUGCAUUCAUUGCAUGAAUUUAGAUUGUUAGCUUUAUUUAAUUUAGUGUUACGCGACUUUUUAAAUGGACAUUUUAAUCCUCAAAACUUAAAUUGCCUUCAUUGAUUGCAGUUGAAUCUUAAGUUAAAACUUGAUGUGAUAAAAUUAUUUAUUACGUAUACCUAUUCUUAUUACUUUGCAUUGCUGUAAUGUUUGAUAAUUUGAAUGUAUUGUAGAUACUUAUAAUUAUUAUAAUGACAAAUUAUACAUGUAAACAAGA